AAAAUGCCGCUGAAAGGCAUAAAAGUUUUGGAAUUCGUCGGCCUAGCCCCAGGACCAUUAUGUGGGAAGAUCCUGACCGAUUUCGGAGCUACAGUCACCCGCAUCGACAAGGUCCUGGAAAAUCCCAUGGAUGUCCUGCAGCAGGGGAAGCGCACAAUAAGUCUGGAUUUAAAGAACCCUCGAGGUCAGCAGUUGGCCCGGCGGUUGGCCACCAAAUGCGAUGUGCUCAUCGAAGGCUUCAGACCCGGAGUUAUGGAGAAACUCAAUUUGGGACCCGCUGAAUUGUGCAAAGAGAAUCCUCGGCUGAUUUACGCCCGUCUUACGGGCUUUGGACAGCAUGGCCGCUUGGCGCCGCGGGCGGGUCAUGACAUCAACUAUGCUGCCAUAUCGGGAGUGCUUUCCAUGUUGGGAAGGAGUCACGAGAAGCCAACGGCCCCCAUAAAUAUCCUCACGGAUUUCGCAGGCGGCAGUGUGAUGUGUGCUCUGGGCAUCUUCGUGGCUCUCUUAGAGCGCUAUAAAUCGGAAAGAGGUCAAGUUGUAGAUGCCUCCAUGGUGGAGGGAGCUGCCUACGUUGCCAGCUGGCUGUUUACAUCCCGGAGUAUGCCCAUUUGGGGGCAGGAUCGGGGUCGCAACCUCAUCGAUGGUGGCGCAUAUUUCUACGACACUUACGAGACCAAAGACGGUCUCUACAUGUCCGUGGGCGCCUUGGAGCCACAGUUCUUUGAGGUGCUCAAACAACGAUUAGAACUACCAGAAGAUCUCAAUCAGUUCGGAGAGGGGCAUCAGGAGAGGGGAAAGAGGUUACUAACGGAAGCCUUUCUGUCCAAGACCCAAGCUGAAUGGUCACAGAUUUUCGAGGAUGUGGACGCCUGCGUCUACCCCGUGCUGGAUUACCGAGAAGUGCAUAAGCAUGAUCACAACAAGGAGCGGGAAUCUUUUGGAAUAAUCCAGGAUAUGCCAGCGCCAUGCCCAGCACCGCGUCUUAGUCGAACUCCUGGAAAGUUGCCGGAGAAGCCCGUUAAGCAGAUAGAACUGAUCGAUGAACUGGAACUUAAUCCCCAAGAGCUGAAGGACCUUCUGGAGGCGGGCGUACUAGAACUUCCAGAAAAGUCCAAAUUGUAGAAGCCUAAACUUACUUUUAAGUUAUAGUUUUUAAUAUAAACAAUGUUUUUGGGAGAUUUGAUUUAGGUAUUUCAUUUUUGGUACAUAUUUCCGCUUGAAAGUCCGUUUAAAAUUCAGAAUAUUAAACUAUCUCCAACGAAUCAGAAAGGAUUACCAGAACAGCAGUGUUUUGCUGAAAUUGAAAACUAUUACCCGCCUAAAAAUAUUUAUUUAAAUAAAACAAAUUUAUUGUUGUUCUUGCA